UAUAGGACAGGGACGAGGUGGCGCCAUCGACACUAUGCCCUUGCCGUUUGGGGCGUCCCAGUCUGCAUAGUAACCUGCGACGGCGACGAUGACUAUCGUAUAACAAUGGGAACGCAAGAAGAAUAUUGUAUUAAACCUUUUGCUCAAUGGCUCACAUGCUCUGGCGAUGUCCCGUGUUGCCUAAGGAUUAUGCCGGAUUAUGUAUUUCAUUGUGCAUGUUCAUGCUAACACAUGCAACUUUUGCAACAAAGACCUUCUUUACCAUGCGUGCUAAGGAACUAUAGUCUACAGGGUAACAAAGGUUUGUUUUGGAACGUAAUAAACUUGCGCGUGCAAGCUUCCCUUUCUGCUUUUGCAGCGAAAAUAUUGUCCACCAACAAUAGAACAAUAGCUGAUAGCGCACGGUUGGAUCAAAAAAAGAAAAAAAAACAUAAACGCUGUCACUCCAAGAAGAAAUUAGAUAUACCAAUAAUGUUUGUUCUCACCUGUACACAAUUAAUCUGUAUGGUAUCGUAUGAAGAACUUUAUUUAGGUCUCCGCUCCUCUGUUUCUUCAUUUCCGUGUUUCCCACGGCUGCAAAAUAAAGAAGUUACAGAAGGCACGCGAGGGCGCGCGGCGGGCGCUUCUUCAAAAGAAGAAGCCAGCAGAGCCGCCCGGUCCCCAUCGAACGACGGUCAGCUCGGGGACCAGCAUGGGCGUGGUCGACCAGCUGUACACGAUCGUGUGGAAGGACGUGUACGUGCAGGCCAUCAAGCGCCACUACUACGUGACCACCGUCGAGGUGGUCCUCAUCAUCCUCUCGUUCUUCGCCGUAGAACACGACCGGCCCAUACUGCCGCACAAACACUGCGCCAAGCCGCCCUGCCUGCGCUACUCCGAGCCACGCGAGUACCAUGAGCGGCAGCUGGGAAACUUCAGCUGCCCGCAAAUGGUAACGCGGUUUUACCACGAACGCCGGUUUUCGCCUAGGUCUCUCGCAGACGUUUGGUAUCAGAAUGGAGCAGAAACUACGCGUCAUUGCCCGAAAUGGCGGCAUCCAGCCUGCCCGCUUCAGGCCUAUACCCGAUUUAUGACCCAUUUGCUGUUUUCACUGGAACUGAACGAUCACUUCGAUACCCUUCAUCUCACCUCGGCAACGAUCUUGGGCGUGAUUAUGCCAGUCUUCAUGACGUCGCUUUGAGACCACCAUAAUUAAAGCAUUUUUAUAACUUGAAAUACAUUUGAAUAUCUGCACUUCCAUAAAUGACCAG